AAAACGAAGAAGAAUGCUCAUUUGUCAACACAGAUCGGCGUGGAGGGAGUACCGUAUGUUAUCAACGUUAGUAGUUUUAAAGUUAUAUUUCUUUUAUCGGCUCUUGAUGUGAUGUAAUAUGCUGUCUAUGAUCAAAUAUAAGGCUGAAGUUAAUUUCGUCCACUGAGUCUACGGCGGCAGAAAAGUAAACACGACGAACUGCUGGUUAACUCGUAGGUCGCUAACUUGCAGUUUUCUGUUAUCCUUUAUUUAAGUCCUCAGCACAACGAUUGUAAAACUAAAACUUGUACAUUGUUUAUGCCGAAGUCACAUAUACCAAUAGUUUUACUUAAAUAUCUAGGACUUUGUCUUGUCUGGUGUUCCCUUUUUGCCUAAAUCCAGAGACAUCUAAACUUAGAGGUUUUUGAAUAGGGUUUCGUCGACAUUGUUAGCAUACCCUAACCCUGACCGCUGGCAUCAGUUUACAGCUUUAAAUGACUGCAUAUAAAGUGACUGUUUUCCAAAUAGACAUGACCACUGAACCGUGCACUUUGUUUCAAAUGGCGACUGACGAGAAAUUCCUCGUUUUAUUUCCCGAAAAGAGUCCUUUUACAGAUCAGCAGAAAAGGGCCUGAAACCCCAGAGAAACUGUCACUGCGGUCUCCCUCCUAAAAAGAUGGUGAUUAUGCGGUGUGGACGACGUCUGUAACGCGGCUUUAACAGAUCUCAGGCCAGGCUUUGGGGGUACAUUCUUUUGAGGUGAGUAACUGAGACAAGCUUGAUCAAGAAUAAAAUUGCCCCAUGUGUUUGGGUGUGGAUGAUCGUUGGCAGCAACUUCCAGGAACACUCAUAAGAAAGAAUUUGAGUGGACUUUUGUCACUGAGAUCAAGUGGAAAAGGGCUUCAUUAAAAUUAUAUGUAUAUUGUAUUAACACGAAGAUAACAUCAUCAGCUGCUUAGUAAUAAGGAUAUGAUAGUAAUAAUUCUAUUUUCAUAGCACUUUUGAAAACAGACGUUGGCAAAGUGCUUUGACAAACAGUCGUAAAGCACAGAACAUCAGCACAUGGAAAUAAAAACAAAUAAAAAACAAAAGCUUUUAACACACUACAGAUAAACACAAACUAACUUCAGAUGAACACUAACUAGAGAUAAACAUAAACUAACUACAUAGAGACAAAAUUUCAUUUGUCAUAAGGAACCCAGACAAUACAAGAACCCUACAACAUAAAACAAGACCAUGAGGACCGAAAUAAAAACGUAAAAUAGGUAAGAAUGUGUCUUCUGUGUGUAGUGGGUUUGAUACUGAGUGUCUGAGCCAUGAUGGAGGCCUGGGAAGCUUCUUCUGGCAUCCUCCUGCAGCGCCCUUGGCUGCCUGUGAACAUCAGUGGUUGCCAUCUUCUUGCAAAGAGCUGGUUUGGGGACACAGCGUACCACAUUCUGCUGACAGAUAUGCACUGUGUCUGGGAGGAGAGGAUGGUCUCAGCAGCUAUCCAAAAGAGAGCACAGGUACUCACAAAACAGAGGAAAAUAAUAAUUGUCAAAUUAAUCAAAAACUGAAUGAAUAUUAACACUCAUCCCUCGGCUCAGGAACUGAACAAGCGUCUGCGGGCCCCAGUCCAAGCAUUCUUCUCCCACCUAUGUGAGGUGGUUCAGCCCACACUGACAGGGAGUGAUGGGCGACCCACUGAUGAAGCCCUGAUUUCUCUGACAAAACAAGAAGAUGGAAACGUCAACAUGAGGCUGAAGAGCGAGCUGGCAGGGCUGCCCCUCUACUGGGAAUUUCACUGCACCCCUGCCCCUGUCACUGUGGUAUGGUCCACAUUUCAAAUUCAGAUUUUAAAGUACAUGUGUACAAGAGGUUACUUGAAGUUAAAAGCUGUUGCCACCUUGGUUCUUGUCGUGUGUUUUCAAUCUGCCUAACAGUUAUAACAUUGGUGAGUAUUUUAUGGCUGUACCAGAUAGAUUUGAGCCUUUUUGUCCUUUAAAUAGGUCUGUAAAACGUUAGAAAUGCUGUUACUUGUGUUUCUCUUGGCAUUUUAAUGGACUGGCAGAAGAUUUGAAAAUUCCACAAUGCUGCAACAAACUGAAAAAGUCAAAAUUUUCACCCCUUCUUAAAAUGAAAAACUUAAUUUAAGCCUCAGUUUGGAAAAAAUAAGUCUAAGAAUGAAAUAUCACAUCUCUUGCUAUUUUUUUUAAUUUUUGAGUUUUGAUAAAAGCAAUAAAACGUACAGUCAUGAUGUACUCAUAAUUUAAAAGAGAAUAAAGAAGAUAGAAAAUUAAAGUUUAAAUAAUCAAAACCAUACAACCUUUAAAAAAAACUGUUUUGUAGCCAGAAGCCACAACUAGCUGUCAAAUCAGACUUAACCCUGACCAGGGAAACCCCUUUACUCUCAGACUGCAUUAUACCAUUUGUGUUAUCAGGUGUGUGUCCAGCUAGUGCGCCCCCUGCUGUUGAUGAGUCACUUGCUGCAGCAACAAGUGGAUCAACUGGGAGGAUUGCUGGUAAAAAAGGAUGCAGAGAUCCAGGAUUACAGAGAGAACGGAGCCACACUCAGCAGAGGUACACAAAAAAUAUUCUGUACAGUGUAACAAAGUAUUUAUACUGUGAUACUGAUCUGUACUUGUGUGAUACAUGUGAAUUAAUAUCAUUUAAAAAAUUUUACACACUUUACUCCAUGAUAUUUUUGUAACUGCUUUUAUAAGAUUACUCACAAACAAAACAUUUUAUGAACAUGAAAAAACACAUGUUGAUUAAAAUCUAACAAAGAAAAUAAUUGGUAGAUUGAGCCAGAAAGAAAAUACUUUACCAACUCCAACAGUAAAAAUCUUUCUGUGGAAGAAAUGAUUAUUUAUCAAUAGAAUACACAUGACAAAUUGUUUUUAAAAAAGGAAAUUACAGAUAAAUGCAGUCACAGAGUCUCCUCAUACAUCAGACAGUGUUUUUUGAUUCUGGUACGUGUUGGUGUUUUCAUGCAGAGCGGCUGCAGACAGACUUUUUUGAGGAGCAAACCAACCGAGAAGACUUCAUGGCAAAGGUGAGAAGUCAGAAACACACAAACGCUCAGGCACACACACACACACACACACACACACACACACACACACACCACAGUCUCUAUAGCUCGUUGUCCUGGCUUUCUUUUUCUCCCCUCCGUUCCUGAACAUUAACAUCUGUGGUGAGGGCAGCGGGAACCACAUGAUAUAAAACACUGCGGUGGCUGCAGCCGGCCUUCUCUGCCAUCAUGACACAUUUACAGGUUUGUGUGUGUGUGACCGACAGCCAAUCAGAGUGAGGCAAAGAACUGAGUUUUUAAAUCCAAACUGUUUGCUGCGUUUAGGUGAGGAAUUUUUCAUCUCUGCAUCGUUGACCCCUGACCUCUAACUGCCUGUAUGUUUGUUUGUGUCUAAUUGGCUACCUGGCAUGUCGGAUCAACAUGUGGAAUUUUAAAGAGAUGUCUAGAAGCUUCUGUCGUAUUUAUUUUACACGUAAACUUCCUCGUUUUUUUGUUUUCAGUUUGAUUUGCCUUUACAUUUUCAUUUCGUGUCAGACUUUGUUCUGCUAUUUUUGGUUUACAGGUUGUUGCAGAAAUGUUUUCUGUAUUUUUCGAUAUGCUGGUGAUUUUUUUCCAGUGCAUAGUGAAGCUAAAUUUAGGUGAACCUUUGACGUCUUUUGGUCACUAGAAAUAAAUUCUAUCGUCUAAAAGUAAAGUGACAAAAUAUUGAGUCAGACAUCAGAUAACUUGAUCAAAUGAUCUCCUUAGAGUAAAUCACAUGGUUUGUUUGUCUUUAGCUGCAUCACUCUGAGGUUUGUCAAAGGAAACUUGUGUGUGUUUGUGUUUGUGGAUGCUGUUUGUCUAAAAGGACAAACCAGGAAAAGGAAUCCCACUUUUAGGAGGUGGACAGAAUCCAGCUCAGGUACAGAGAGUCAUGGAAAGUUACAUCAGGCUCACAGUGGGGGCUCUGUUUUCUGCAUUUUGGUCAUCACAUUCUUGGACUGGAAAGGUGAGGGAACCAUAAGACACCACAGAAGAAGAAAAAGAGAAAGAAGAGAAAUACUGCAGUGGAUCAAAGUCUUCUCACUCGUGGCAAAUUCCAUUGAGCCGAGGAGGAGGCCGCCUCUAGACCAAAGUCCAACCUGAAGUAAAACUUCUCGGAAAAAUGUUGCCGAGAUGCAUCAAAGGAAAAAUCACGCUCUGGACCGACCACUGAAUGUGUGGAUGUGUAUUUGUGUGUGUUUGUGUGUGUGAGCCAGAGAAAGGGUGAAGGCAUUUGGCAUCUGUGUGUAGUAUUUAUCUAUCAGGGUAGGGCCUUUGCAAACGUGUGUGUGUGUGUGUGUGUGUGUGUCUGCUGUCUGCCCAUGCAACCACUCAUGUUUGUAUCUCCAUCUGUGUCUGUUUCCAUGGUCACACACUGACCAUCUUCAUUUCAUUUCUUGACUUGUGUCAGAUACUGUAAACAACAUUAUUAGUGAUUGAAAUGACACCACCACAAUAUUCAUGUAAUCAUUUAGAGAAAGACAAAAGGGAGCUUGAUUUAAAGGUAUAUUCCUGCGUAAAAUUAAGUUAAUGUCAAACACACCGUAACACCGAGUUAGACACCCUCGAGAGAGAUGAAUGUUGCCGACCCCUUGCUUCUCUAGUUAUACCAACUUCAGUAACGACUGCAGGAUAGCAAUACAAAGAGCCACACGCUCAACCAAAACGCCACUCUAUAGCCACAAAUAAUGCUCAGAACAGCACCUAACUUCAUCAACAGGACAUAUAGGGUCACAGCCAUAGUACUAGCCACUAAACAUUCAUUUUGCCUUAUUUCUUUAGCAAAGAGACUAAACACAACUUACCCACUCUCUUUCAGCAGCCGUUUGUUUGUACGGAGACCUCAGGCCAGUCCAUUACCACAACGGGGUGAUGCAGCUUAAGGAAGAAAAUUUAUGAUCAUUUCUUUAUCAUUUCCUUUAAGUAAUAACCACCAUAUUAAUCAUUUUGCACUGCAGACGCGGUAGUUCUUCAGCCUUAGCGUCUCGGUCUGAUUGCAUUUCUGAUUGUUCUUCCUUGAGCUGGGUCGCCCCGCUGCAGUCGAUGGACUUGCCCGGAGUUUGACCCUAACUUGAUUUUACACCGGAAUAUCCCUUUUAAUAAGUACAAAACGCACAAGGAACUUUCUUCUCAGCUGAAAGGUCACUGCUGUUUCAUGAUUCAAAUUAAAAUGAAUAGUGCACUUGUUGAGUGCAGAAGUUGGAAGAGAAAUAACAGAGAGUUUAGUUUGUCUUCACUCUUUGUUUUGUCUUCUUAGACACUGAUACACCACAAAAGUGUAUGAUCCUAUUUCCUGAAGGUAAACCAAGUCAUCAGAAAACACCAAAGUGAAGUCGUUCUUUCUUUAAGUCCUGUAAGAGAACAGACACACAUCUUUAAAAGAUUGUGUCCUUCAUCACAAACACUUAAUCAGAUGUUUUAAAUCUGUGUGUGUGUGUGUGUGUGUGUGUGUGUGUGUGUGUGUGUACACGAUGGUGCCAUUUGUGGCCUGCUUUUCUCACACCAAGGAGAAUGAAGAGCAGAGCGGGCAGCCCCUCCCCGGCCAGUCACCACACAAACACCCCACCCAGCACAGGUCUCAUACACACACACACACACACACACACACACACACACACACACACUAGGAUUUAACUGGGGCUAAAACUGGUCGUGAAGUUGCACGAUUAAAAAAAAAGUUCAAAUCCAGUCAGGAUUGCAUCGGCCUCCCUCAGGACCUAAAUCUGGUGCCUGUGUGUAUAUGUGUGAGUGUGUGUAUAUUUAUACAUUUGUGUGAGUGUAUAUGUGGUGGCAGCAGCAGCAGCAGCAGCGUGACCUGACAGAGGGACGUGUUUGCCUGUCCACACUGAGCCGCUGUGACGCAUGCUUUUGGUUUGUCUGUGCUGAGUGUUGUGUGUCAUUGAGGCAUUUUUUUUUCUAAAAGUCUGUAAGCGUGUGUGUGUGUGUGUGUGUGCAACAAUCGCAGUCACGUCACUGUCGUCAGCUCUGAAUUGAAUUGUCACGGUUUGGGAACGUCACCCACUUCCUGCUUCUUGAGAUGGCAGCUUCACAUCUCCGUGGCAACUGCGCAGAGGCUUAACGACAUCUGACAAUUAGUGGCCACUUCUGACCAAGAGAAUUACAUAAAAUGAGCCAAAAUGUUGCCCCUGCUUCCAAUUUUACAUUCCUAAACCUAAAAGUUCUGGUUUUCGAUCUCAAAUUGAAGUUUUUCACCAUCAGGUUUUGUGUUGAGUGAGCUUGAGAAGAAAAUGAGGAUGAAAACAGGAAGAGGCUGUGUCUUACUUGAUACAGCUUCAUCGGUAAAAGCUCCUGUGAUAAUUACGUGCUGAGGCGGGUGAGGAAAGGAUCUAUAAAUGCUCCAUAGCUCCCCACAUGUGGCCCAGCUCUGGCAUAAUAGGAGGAGUUACAUCCUAAUAUCUGUUUCCUUCAACCCGAGGCUUUAAGUAAAGAGCAGGGCAGGAAACUUCAGUGUUUUUAUCCACAGACCGCAGCAGCAGCAGCAGCAGCAGCAGCAGCAGCAGCAGUGCUCUCCAAAAUAUACACAAAUGAGACUAUGAGAAUAAAAAGAAGCUGCAGAUUGUGAUUGGUUAAAUGUUCGCUAGAGAGGGAAAUCCAGAUGUACACAAGAGGGAGCUGCUUAGAAGAAGAAAAAUAAACAGAUUAGAUUAAAAAAAAAACAUACAAAUGUAGAUUUAUCACUUCAGUGUCAACAUUUAACAACAAACUCCAUGAACCUUCACUUUCUUGUUGUUUAUCGUGCCGAUAAGAAAUCCUCUAGUUGCAUAAAUGACGGAGUCAGAUCGUCUCAAAUCCAACAUUACACUUAAAUUCUUCUCGUUCUUCAUCAUCCUCUUCUUCUUCAUCUUGAUUUCAGUCCAAACCUUUGUGAAUAUUUAUCCUCAUGUCAUUCUUCUGUACCUGAAACUUUUCGAGUGUAUGCACCUUUUUGGAGUAUUUCCAUACCAAGUGCACCAGUUCAUCCACCUUUGCUGCAAAAUGACAACAGCUGAGACUAAAAUGAGUCAAGUAUUCCUCACUGGACAGACUCAUGUAGCAAAAACAGCCAAAAAAAACCCCACCUAAUUCUGCUUUGAGGCUUAUUUUGAAAUUAAUAGACAAGUGUUUAAUGAAUUUAGUUUAAUGAUACUCUCCUGGACAGUGACUUUAGGACUCCUAGAUUGAAAAAGUUCACACUCGAACUGAUUUAACAAAUUUUAUUUAUCAGUUUAUUCAGUUUUCUCUGUCUGUCUGUCUCUCUCUUUUCUCUGCUCUGUCAAUCAUUGAUGGUUGUUCACAUAAACAGCAGCAAGCAGCUCUUUAUCGCACAUACCUGAGGAAUUCAGGACCUGGGUGGUAAGAAGGCGCGGCUCUAUGAGGAGAGGGGUCAGGGGUGAACACUUAAGCAUAAAAAGGGGUGUAGAAACUCAGAAACUCUAGUGUCCUGGCCAAAGUUUUAAUUUACCGUUAAUGGUUAAAGGAUACAGUAGAUUUGCAAUAUAUAACGACAGAUCCCUGAACAAACUAGUCACAUUUGAGAAUAUGGUUUAACAUAAGCCUGUUUUGUACAGUGAUCAUGUUUUCUGAUGCUGGAGUGUUUUUAAGGGUUCAUCCUCUCCUGUAAGUCUUUUGAGGUUUGAUUAUGUUGUGUUUGGCUUCUUUUAAAGAGUUGUAGAGUUAGGAAAAUUCAAAAUGUCUUUUUUGUUGUUGUUGUAAAUUGAGCGUGAUUUAAGAAAACACUUUUAAACCUGGCAGCUUUUUAUGGACACCCUAACUGUCUCAUAGACUCAGAAUAAUCAUUAGCUUUAAAACUCGAGUCCAAAAAGUUUUUAGGGAGUAACAAAACAAGAGCCUCUGCACACAUGGCUCCUCCUCCUCCUGUGUCCUCUGUCAGUUGCACACAGUUUCCACAGGGUUGUCCCCACUCCGGCCUGUAAUUAGCCCCUCUGUGGCCUGGCUGCUCCCUGGUCUUCAGCUGCCGGCCGCUGAACUGAGCCCCAGCCUGGACCGGCUGAGUGUGGUGUCCCGCAAAGACAUCAUGAGACUGUGAGCAACAUGCAAGCAGAAACACCAAACGCGGCUGCAGUGCCCGUCGGCACGUGAACACGCCGUGAGUAAUUUAUUCGUGACACUUAAAGCUUCACACGCCAGUCCCUCUUAGGGAUGUCAGCUGAAACCAUUAAAAGUUGUCAGCGAAUGGGAAAAUUUACAAAAUAUGGAUGAGAAUUAUCCAUAAAAAUACCCUAAAGUCACACCUGAAAAAGGUUCAAGGUAGUGGCAGAUCUCUGUAUUCUGCACGGUAAGAUAGUUUUUCUCCAUCAAAAGAGUCUUGUGGCCUUAAAAAGAGCUGUGCCAGGUUUAAACUAGGUCUUCACACCUGUUAAUGCUGUGAUAUCAAAAACCAAAUUUGGAAAGUGUUAUUGUUCUGGUGGUGAACACAUGAAGUGUCACCGUGAAGGUCAGGCUCGGUCAGAGCUUUGUCUCAGAUUAGCAGCCGUUUGUGCGUCACAACCCCGCAGGGCGACGUGACAACAGCAAGCGAGAUGACCGAGGGAAAGUUAUAAUGAAGUCAAAAUCUCGAUGUUGUCACAGCAGAGGGAAUCAUGGGGGAUAUGGCACUGUUUUUGUUUGUUUUGCGUCAUGCAUUUCUGCACACUUUUUUUUUUUUACCGGUCCUGUUUCACCUGUUCUCUUUUGUUUUUAGUGUCCCAGCUAUUUUUACAGGAUGUUCGCGCCUAAAAAUACGACAUGACUCAUUUGGUCUGAGCUGUACAAUUCGGGGUCAGAUAGUUAGCGUCAAGAUUGUCCAACCACCAUGUUAACACCACCAUACACAGCCAUAAAACUGGUAUUUUUGUCCCAAUAGUUGAGUUUGAAGGGGUGGAAUCUGGGGUACACUGGGUUAUAGUUUCAGAUUUUCAGUUCCAGAUCUUUUCUCAGUCUCAAUCUCUCGUCUUUCAGUCCAGUUUAACCCUCCAGUGUUUUUCCGAGGAUGUGACCUCGAGUCCUUAGGAGUUCAACCAGACUCUGGGCGGGAAGCUGAGGUCACCCCGAGAGAAAGUAAGGUAGAGAGGAAUGAGGGAGAGUAAACAUGAGGUCAGGGAGAGUAGAGGAGGAUAAGGGGAAGUGAGAGUGAGACUCACUGGCACCAAAACCUCGUAUAAAAAAACAAAAACAACAACAGAGGCAGCAGCAGCAUGUCUAAAAUCAGAGCUGUUUACCUGCUAAUAAAAGAGAAAACCUCCUCUUCCUCUCAUCACCUUCCUCUCAUCACCUUUCCCACACACGAUGCUUUACUGUGGGGAGGAGGAGGAGGCGUGGCCACCAGGUGAGGUCUCCUCCUCCUCCCCUCCUCUUCCUCAUCUCUGCCUCAGACUUUGCUCUGUCAUGGAAAACUUUCCAGAGGUACUUGACAGAGAAGUCUUGGGGUUAUUGACCUGGCGGUGCACACCUUUUAUUUCUCAUCUUUUCUGGUAAGGGCGAUAGAUAAAAGCCCGCCUGCUGCAGCGGUGUUCACACCCUUUAGAUACUUUUAUCGCUUUACCUGAAACACAGAGCAAUUCUACUACUGUAAAACAAUCCACAGUUGAAAAGAAUUGACUGAAAUCAUGCAAACAGACAUAUUUAUCAACACCAACAAUCGAAACAAUUGUCUGGAGACCCCUGGCAGCUUGAGUCACAACUUUAAUUUUCUGACAUUAAGGGUUGGCACCAAGGCGUAGGUGAGGAAUAGGAUUUUCAUUCUGCUGCACAGAGAAGGAUUCACUGUUAUAAUGGAUCCCAAACCACCUGACUGACUCCUCCAUGACUCCUCUGUGAAUUGAAAACCCUACAAUAGGGCUGCGCGAUAAACUGAAAAUUUACCAAUACUGAACUUUACAACAAUAAUUUUUUUAACUUACUUUUGCCCAUAUCGGUAUAUUCUGUGUCAAAAAAAUAAUUUAAAAAAAGUUGGUUUUGGAUGUGUGUAGGUAGACUAUGGUCUCAGGUCCCAUUAGACGUGACUCCGCCCCAUCCAGUCCGUAACAAAGAGGGAAAGACAGGUGAGGAGAUUUAAAAGGACGGUUUAAAAGUUGUAGCAGCUGAAGUAGACGAAGUUAAUGUGGGAGGGGUGAGCAGCUUGUGGAGUAGUUAUUGUACAUUUAUCGUUAUCGAGGUGAACUGCUCAAUAUAUCGUGGUAUUGAUUUGAGUCCUAACCCAUAUCACCCAGUCCUACCCUACAAUGAAAAGAAAAGGGCACCUGAUGGUGAUGGUGAUGGUUUGCAGAAGAAACCAGCUGUCUGUGUGCAGAUUAGACCUCUCUAAAAACACCUUUUCAUUUGUUUUUAGAGUUGCCUUCUUUGAGAUUGUGUAGCACAACUUCAUACCUCACAUUGUGUCAUGAUUAGUGGGUUUUUUUUCUGUUUUUUUGUCCUUGAAAUUCUUUACUUCUGCAGAGGGGAGCUUUAAAUGAUCAAAUAAUACAACCGAAUUUUGCUCUUCAGUCAGAUCUGACAAAUUGAGUUCAAGAUUUCAGACCAAAUAAUGUGAAGUGAGCUGGCAGCCAUAGAAAGGAGGAAAGGGAGGCCUGAUUGGGGGGGGAAUAAAAAUGAGAGAAUAAGGUGGGCUUUCUGCUGCCUUCUGUCCCCCUCAGCACAUUGGUUUCUCUGUGCCCAAAGCAGAACGAAGCCUCAGCAGAGCAUUUCCAUUUAUUUUUACAAUAUUUGAACAAACAAAUAACAAAAAUAAAUCAAUGCAAAACCUCCAAACCUGACCAAAGUGUGUUUAGGAGCCCCUCUGCCCUGACAGCAAGCGGGAGACCACCAAUUUCUGCUGGUCAAUAUUUGAGGAGCUAAUUCUGAGAGUUUGUCCAUACAGGCAAAAAAGAAGGAUUUAGUGAAUAGUGAGUGUUUUUCUACCAGUCCGCCGUGCGUUUGCAUAAUGUCGUAGGAAUUUACACGCACCCUUAUCUGUCAGGCCUGCGGUCUGUGUGUGUAAAUGUGUGUAUAUGUGUGUGUGUGUGUGUGUUUCAGUUGUCUACCUGCGGUCAGCUGUGCCAAUAAUGCAGCUUUGAUUAGAAGCUUAUCGCAGCCUGACACUCCCUGCAUCACACCUUGGCCAUGUGACUCAUGCUGCAGGGGUCGUAAAUCACACUCACCUAAAGUACCGGGCCGUGUCAAAAGGACACUUUCAUGUCAUUAAGUUCAUGUGCCGGAGUGUUGCUCUCAAAUAUUUAUAGAUGCGUUGGUUUUAAAGCUGCAAACACGGGUGGAGAGGUGGAGGAAGUACUCAGACUUUUUACCGAAUCAUGGACUGAAACUACUGUGAAAAAUAACUGGUGCCAAGUGACUGUAUGGAGGUGUAAAAAGGAAUAUGAGGUUAGAGUCUAAAAGGCGUCAGUGUAAUAAUAUAAAAAAUGUAAAAGCAGGAUCUUAAGAUUGAAGCACACUUUGAACAUUUUGUACGGGACUGCAGCUCAGAUUAUUUCCAUGCUGGUUUCAUCAGUUUUUCAUUUUCUUUUUUGACUGAUUGAUUGUUUAUUUAUCAAUAAUUGUGAAAAAAAAAGACACAAAUGCUGUUACUAUCAUACCAGGAAGUAGAAGACACAAAUGAGAAUCAGUUUAGAAGUUGAAAGUCUGAAAUAUCAAAUGACUUGAGCUGUUAGGAGAUUAGUCACAGAUCCAUUUCUGUCAAUUGACCUCUGCUGUAUUGGUGAGACUUAUCUGAAAUAACAGAUUUUUUUUGUUUUGUUUUUUGUGUAAAAAUUUCUCCUUUUUUUUUUUUUUUUUUAGACACAAGAGCCAAAGCUAUGUAGUUCAUAGAAGCAUGAAAAGAGCCGGAUUCACGCAAUUUCAAUUUUCUUAAUGUCAAAAUUUAGAUUUCUUUUAAUUUUGACUUCUUCAAAUUUUGACUUUCAUCUAAAAUGGAAAUUUAAAAAAAUCUCCCAUCUGUAUUUUUUUUUCUCUUCUUGUGGCCCUAAUCUCUGUCGUAUCUAUCAGAGGUAACAAUAUAAUUCUCAUUUUUUAUUACAUUCAGACACUUUAACUGGCGGUUCUGAAAAGGGGACUGAUUGUGAUUCUUGAUGGAAAAUGAUGGCGAUAGUAGCUUUGGUGCGUUGAAUAUCAUAAACAUACCUCCACAACUAUAGAUAACCACGUGAAUCCAGAGUGAUUGUUCAUUUAUGGCCCUAAUAAACCAAUAAAAUCAGCAUUAACAGCUACCUGUUCAUCAGAUGUGUCCAACAGACAGUUUGGGACAUGGUCUGUCUGCAAAAUAAGAUUGUCUCCUCGUUUGUUUGGUUUUGUGAAAUUUAUUGAAAAUCAAAAACAACAACAAAAUCCAGCUGUGGUUCAGUUGUCAUUUAUUUUUAUUCCUUCUUCCUGAAAACUCACCUCCACCCCUCUGUGUUUCCUGUCAGACUCUUCCUCUGCUGCCGCGCGACACUCUGACCUUUGAUGCUGACCUCCAGCGAUUGUACGCCGCCGUUGUCACCCACGGGGCGACGCGUAAACGCAGACUGUCAGAGACAUGCUUUGUUGAAGAAGAGCGGCCUUCUAAAGAGCCAAACCCCGACGUGAAUCAGGGUUUGUUUGAUCAGAGGACCAGAACCCCUCCUGCUGAAAUAUUGACAUGUUUUGUUCUUUUGUGGUGCAGCUGAGAAUGCUGACAUAUACAGUUAAUACACGCACCACCUAAUCUUAGUCAGCAAGACACAACUUAUUAGGGCUGGGCGAUAAACCAAAAAAUUGCGACAAUAACCCACUGGGCCUUUUUUGGUCUAAAAGAGGUCCAAUAGACGUCUAAAUGUAGCCUAGAUAACUGGUCUAAAGUCAGGCUACCACAUGUCUAAAAAUUAAAGUUUUUUAAAAGUCAAAAGUUAGACCAAGUUUAGACUAGCCGGCUAACAGAGCUAUAUAUAUACUACACUGUUUAUAUUGCUCACUGGCUAUCAUAAUUAUUUCAGUUAAGUACUUGGAGAUCAGUUUUGCAACUCACAGUUGCUUUUUGAAAUAAAUAGUUACAGUUAAAAGAAAAAAUAAUAGCCGCGUAUUGCUCAGGGGGAAUCAACGUCAUUUUGCCCAUAUUGGUAUAUUCAGUGUCAAAAUAAAUAAAUAAAAGUCGGUUUUGGAUGUGUGUAGGUAGGUUAUGGUCUCAUGUCCCUUUAAGACAGCGCAACCAGUCUGUAGCGGCUGGAGCGGCGGCUGAAGUAGACAAAGUUAAUGUGGGAGGGGGUGAGCAUCUUGUUGAGUAGUUAUCGUCCAUUUAUUGUAAUCGAGGUGAACUGCUCAAUAUAUCGUGAUAUUGAUUUGAGGCCAUAUCGCCCAGCCCUACAACAUAUGAUCUAGCUUUGGCUGUUCUGUAUAAUUAAGUGCUUAAUUGGCACAUUUAGAGACUGUCUAAAUGUCAGUGUCCUUCUCACUCAGUUGGAUCAGUCAGGAGUGAACCAGAUGAGGCUGAAGAACAGAACCAAACCAGGAAACUGGAUGGAGCGGCAGCCAAGACGGCAGACAGACCCUCAGUUAAACAGGUACAACUCAGAGACAUCAGUCACAUUCAUAUCUCACUACAGAGUGUUUAGAAAAUGAUUAGAGAUAUCUAAUAACACACUUUGACACACCAUGAAACCAAAAUCUUCAAAUUCACCGAUUGAUGAAACUGAUUCAUGUUAAUGUGACACAAAACUGUACUUAAGUGUUAUAAUGCAGGUUUUUACACAAUGCCUUCAGUGCAGUGUGUAGUAACUUAAUACUGGUUAGUGCUAUUUAUGAAUCAUUUCCUUGAGAUAUUCAACUUCAUGUGGAUUUUGGAGGAGAAACCAAAGUUAAUCGAGAACAUUUUGAAACUUUGGUAAUUCCACCAAAAGUUUUAAUAGUUAGAAUAAAAACAUUAAACUUAAAACCAUGAUUGUCGCACCUUAACCUAUACCUAAUUAUUGAUUUACAGUCUGCUCAGGCCACAUCUGACCCCGCUGAGCGACCGUCCUCCAAACCAAAGAAGAAGAAAGUCGGCCUGUUCAGAUGAACAGUAGGAAGCAGUAGGAACACACGCAGAUAAAAAACAGGAACUUCAAUACAAACUUUAAGACUUUAACAUUUUAUAAAAGGUGAAAUAAGUGGUUACUCUUUAAACUUUUACUUUGAAAAGUCCUUUUAAACUUUAAGACUCCAAAGGUGGUUCAGUACUGUCUGAGAUUUUAAAUAUUCAGUUUUAUAGUUUUUCAUGUGAAAUUUUAAUAACUUCUGUAAAAUAAAGUUUGAAUUUGGGAACUUUUUUUAAACAUAAAUAAGGUGAUGAUUAAAUGUGUAAAAAUCA